AUGGCGCGCUCCGCUUUCUCCAGCCUGGUGCUGGCAGCCUUGUCAGCCACCAUAGUCGGCGCACAAACCGUAUACAUGCCCAAGAACCCUCAAGUCUUCUUCGACGGACGGAACGCCGAUGCAGCCUCUACAGCAACCACAAGCGCGACAGCGGCAGCAUCCUUCACACCUGCCGCCUAUCAAACUACGACACUCAACCGACCUGCUCUGCCUAAUCCGAUGCCGGCCCUCACCUUCCCGGCCCAGUUGUACAGUGGAGGAAUGGCGAACAUGUCGAUUCCCCAAAAGGGUGACUUCAUGGGCUUCUCAAUCGAAAUGUCCGUGGCGACACAGAUGCUGGGGAAGAACAGUUCGAACAUCUACGUCCCGUUCCUCAACCUACUAGCCAAUGUUGUCGCACGAGCUGGUUCGAUCCAGAUCCGUGUUGGUGGUAACACGCAGGAAAACGCCGUACUGAAGGACUCGCUGCCGAAUAACACCAUCCUGUCCAAGGACAAGGACAACCUGUUCAACCCGACUGGAACGCCGCCCAUCGACUACACCCCAGAUCUGUUUUACAUGAUGGGCAACAUCAGCAACUUCGUUAAUGCCUACUGGUAUCUCGGUAUCCCGUUCUUCAACCAUACGCCAUUCUCCCUCGAGCUUGCGGAAAGCGGCCAGCAAAUCCUCGGAGACCGCCUUCUCGCCCUUCAGGCUGGUAACGAGCCCGAUCUGUACGCCGCUCCGCCACGUACACAUCGUCCGACAGGAUAUGCGCCUGCUGAUUACUUCGGUGAAAUCGGCGACCUUGUGAACCAAGCUGCAUCGGACUCUGCGAUCCUGAAACAGAAUGACGUAUGGCUCGUACCGAGUGUAUCAGCUACCGGCGAAUCUGAGUGGGUGAUUGACAAUGUCCUGGCCACCGGUAUCCUUGAUUCAUACGGCACUCAAAUUCACGCCGUCACGGUUGAACGUUACCCGAACAACAAUUGCGUUGCCAUUUACGGUGGUGGAACUCCCGUUGUACCUCAGGACGUUCUACCCAACUACCUCUCACAUGCCGGUACGGUAGCUGUCUAUAGCGAGUACGCCAACGCAGCAAACACCGCCGUCGCCCAUGGCAAGCCGAUGAUGCUCUUCGAGACGAACACGGCGUCAUGCUCUGGCUUCGUUGGUGUAUCCGACGCGUUUGCUGCGGCCCUUUGGGGCAUCGACUGGUCCAUGACUUUGGCUGCUGGCAAUUUCAGCGGCGCGUUGUACCACUUCGGUGGUCAGUCAGCUUCGUACAACCCUUUCACGCCUCCUCAGACGAACCAGACUGCUUUCCGUCAGUGGACUGUUGGUCCGAUCUACUACUCGACGCUCUUCCUCGCUGAGACUAUGGGCCCAAGCAACAAGAGCCAGAUCGUUGACUUGUACACGAACAACAACAACCCGAGCACGCCAGCUUGGGCGGUGUACGAGGAUGGCACACCGACCAAGGUUGUGCUCAUCAACUACCUCGACGACCCUACUGGUGCUUCAACGAUCAACGUCCAGAUCCAGGUUGGCGGUGGUACGACUGGUCAGGCCGCGGCGAGCCCUUCGCAGGUCCGCGUGAAGCUUCUUACGGCGGAGUCGACGGUGCAGAAGGGCAACUACAGCUGGGCAGGCCAGUCUUUUGGUGCAUGGUUCGAGUCCGACGGUCGUCUCCAGGGCGAGAUGCAAGCAGACACAGUGCAAUGCUCGAACAAUGUCUGUACGGUGUCUGUUCCCGCGCCAGGCGCUGCACUUGUCUUCUUGACAGACGAUGCCUACAACGCCGUUACACCGGACAAGUCCGACAUACAGACCUUCCCGACGACAUACGUCACUGCGACUGUGAACACGGCCAUCAUCAACACAACCGAGCUCGCUGUGAGCAACGGCCAUGGCGAUAUCGGUGCAAUGAGGCUCACAACGAGUCCAAACUCGCGGAACAAGAACGGCGCGGGAUCGUUAGAAUCCAGCGUCGGCGCUAUUGCAGGAGCCGUUCUCGGCCUCGCUCUCUUGUUGAGCGCGUGA